AUGUUACCAGCAGAUAACAGACUUAAAAACUUACAGAUCUACAAACUUCUUCAGUGUGUUCACCAGAAAGACAAGGAGCAAAUUGAAAAACUGGUCCAGACUGGACUUCCAAAUCUCAUUAAUGUCACGGAGCCUACGGAUGGAUACAGCGCCCUUCAUUUGGCCACCAUUAAAAAUGACAUUGGCAUGUGCAGGUUCUUGCUGGAACAGGGAGCUCAUCCCGAUGUCCAAGACAAAAUGGGAUGCACUCCAGCAAUGAAGGCAGCUGAGCUAGGCCAUGAGUUGGUUUUGGAUUUAUUAGUAAAAGCUAAAGCAGACAUGACCGUUGUGGAUAAUGAAGGGAAAGGUGUUUUGUUUUACUGCAUUUCACCUACAAGUCGGCACUAUCGCUGCGCGCAGAUUGCCUUGGAAUAUGGUGCAGAUACUGGCAACUGCACUACUGCUGGGAAGCCUCUGCUGCUACAAGCCUGUGAGGAAGCUCAUAAUGUAAAGGAAAUGUGUCUGACUUUCUUGGAGAGAGGAGCAAAUCCCACUGCAAGAGACCCUGCCACAGGUCGCACAGCCUUAAUGGAAGCUGCAAGAGAAGGUGUUCCUGAGGUGGUGCGUGGUCUGCUCGAGAGAGGAGCUGAUGUGAACCUGUUUGACAAUGAAAGACAAAGUGCUGCACAUUUCGCAGCCAAAGGAGGUUUUUUUGAGAUUCUGAGGAUUAUUUCAGCUUAUAGUGGAGACUUGAGCCUGAUCGCUAUGAAUGGUAACACACCACUUCAUUAUGCUGCAGAGGGAGGAUUUGCAAAUUGCUGCAAGUUUAUAGGACAAAGAGGCUGUGAUCCUACCUGGAAAAACUUGUUACAUCAGACCCCAAGAGAUGUUGCCAGGAAAGGUCGUUUUAAAGCAGCAGCAGCAGCAUUGCGUAAAAUUGAAAAUAACUUUAAAAUAGCACCAACCCCGAAGGAUGGAGAAGACUUUCACUGGCACCUGAGGCUGUAUGACUGGUCCUUGGAGCACGAGGAUGCCCUCCGCAAGGAGUUUGGGGCUGUGGACAAAGGAGAUGGGAUGGUAGCUUCAGGUGAUUUUAUAUCAAUUAUUCAGAAGCACUGGGACUUUGUGGACAUUGAAUAUAUACAAACUAUUGCUAAGAUGCAUGAAGAAUCUCACCCUAAGGAGAUCAGCAUUGACGAAUUUUUUAAAGGCACAAAAUACUUGGAGAAAAACUAUCUUAUAGCAUCCUUUGGGCCCAAAGCAAAGAAGAAGCGAAAAGCAAAGAAAAAAAGAGGGAGAAGAGGUAUCCCUGUGCCCAUUUGUGUUAUUCCAAAGAGUGCAUAUCCACGUAGGGAAGAUGGUUUCCCUCUGUACAUGAUUGAGGCUACUCCAAAUAUUCCUGAUGACCACCACUUUAACCAGGAGCACCCAUCUGCCCAUCCUGUGCAUGAUGAUCGUGCCUGGUACAUCGAGCAGCCAAGGAAAACGUACAUGGAUAUUAACUACCUUGUCCGAGCAGGAGACAUCGUGUCCCUACAGAAAGCAUUUGAGGAGGGUGUGGAAGUAGACAUAAAAGAUAAUUGUUACAAAACACCGUUGAUGGCUGCAUGUGCAAGUGGGGACAUAGUUGUUGUGCAGUAUCUUCUGGAAAAGGGGGCUGAUGCAAAUGCCACAGACAAUUUCCUGUGGACUCCUCUGCACCAUGCUUGCUGUAAUGGACACCUAGAUAUUGUGGAGCUGCUAGUGAAGGCUGGAGCAGCUGUGGAUGCCCCUGCAAUAGGCAAUGCAACCCCACUGAUGAGAGCCAUUGAGGUCUGCAGAGUGGACAUUGUCUAUUUUUUAAUCAAGGCUGGUGCCAACAUCCAAACUACAAACAGCAAAGGAAAGAAUGCUCUUGAUAUUGCUAAAGAAUUUAGAGAUCCUAGAAUAAUUGAUCUGCUCAAAAAUCAUCUGAAAAAUUUGCAAGAAGUAUCAGGAAAAGAAGACGCAAAGCAAGCAGAAGCUGCAAAGCCAAAGUCAUCUUCUACACAGAUACCUGUGAAAAAAGAGCCUCCAGAGGUACCUCAGCCAGCUGUAGAAAAACCUGUUCCUGAAGAGAGAACGCAUUCCUGUGAGGACAGUGGUAUUUAUCCGAGUUCUUUGGGACCCAGUGAGGGAGAGAACAUCACCUUCAAACCCAGAAAAAUAUGGAGCCCUGAUGCCACAACAAUGGAGUAUGUAAGAAAGCAAGAAUUACUCCGUGAACGCUCUGCUCUUUGUGGUCACUCAGAAAGCUGUACAAACCCCUUUAACAGAAAAGUUGAGGAUUAA